AUGGGUAGUAGGAAUAGCAAGUCUGCCCCAGUGGCGGGGGAGGCGAACGUGGGUGGUGCGGCAGCAGCAUCGCCCCAGCAGGAAAUAUCAGCGUCGUCCGAGAAGGCGAAAAAUGAUGAGUUUGCCAACUACCGCGAGUUUCGCGACCAGCUGCUGAGCUUCUCACUGGGGGAGAGUGCAUUUGACUACGCGGAACGACUUUUUGCGAAGAAUCCCUCCAGUCCAGAGGUGAUGGCGCUUCUCGCGGAAACUACCGUCUUGUACGACAAGAACAAAAACAAAGUGUUCCGAGAUCACUGGUGCGAUCGGUUAGAUCUUCUACAGCGCGGUGUUGAUGUGAGUCGCAAAUGCAUAAACGAAAAUCCGGAGUAUGGCCCGUGCUAUCGAACAUAUGUGAUGUGUGCCACGCGUGAGGCAGAGGCGCUUUACUAUAUUAAGAGUUUUAUCGGUUUAGGACUGUUGGAGAACUACAAUGCCAUUAUGAAACGUGGGGAAAAAGGUAUGGAGUUGCUCCCUAGCGACUCAGACAUCCCCAACGCACUCGGAUCCCUCUGUGGUCGCUGUGCAUAUAAGUGGUACAGUCCCACACGCCCCUAUGGGAUAUGGUGCGGGGUACCGGGCUGGAGUGAGAUGUGGUCCAGAAGUAUUGCGCUUCACAAAAAGGCGGUAGAUAAUGAUCCGACAAACUUGGAGUAUGCGUGCCGACUUGCACAGGCGUAUUACCAAAAUGGAGAUCUUCAGAAUUCACGUCGCUGGUUUGCCAAGGUCCGGGAUGAGAUGCCACCACGGGACUUAAAGGACGAACGUUGGCAAUCCAUGGCGCACACAGAGCUAUCCACCGCCUUCGCAAAAACCAGCUGGAACGUUCCUUUUGCAUAG